AUGUCGAACGAGUACGCGUUCCGCAAGAUCGACAUCGACGCGCUCGAGGGAGAUAUUCUCCUCCCGUCGGAUCUCUACGACCCCGACCCCCGCGGACCGGACGGAGCGCUUGCCGACGCUCAGGCGAGGAGUCAGGAGAGCCGAGGACAGGUGUCAAGGGGCGACAUCGCCGGUGCUCUUCAGACGAUCCUGACCGACCCUCCUUACGGAGAGGGUGUUGACCAGGCCAAGAAACUCACUACUGAUGCCGUCCUGAUGAUCCUCAACUCCACCCGCGCUUCCGACAUUCCCACCGUGAUCAAGGGCCUCGACCAGGAGCAGCAGUCGCGUCUAAUGGCCUACCUCUACAAGGGAAUGUCGGCCCUCGGCCAAGGAGCGGACGUCUCUGGAUCUGUGCUGCUGACCUGGCACGAGAAGCUUACCGAGGUCGCUGGAGUUGGCUGCAUCGUCCGUGUUAUGACGGACCGUCGCACGCUGUAG